UGCGGUAGGAGAAAUCGUUCAGGUCGGACUGUCUCCUCACAGGAACACAUGGCUCUCAUUCUCUUGCCUUGAAAGUUGCGCCGGUGCUCGGAAAUAACUUUUUCAUUUAAUUGUUUUAAUUUAUUUUAUGAAGUUGCCACUACGUCUUUGAAUCAAGAUCGCCGGGACGACUGAUUUACGGAGUUAAAAACCUGGAUUAUUGUUGUUACUAAAAAAAAAAAGCAAAAAAAGAAAAAAGAGAGAGAUAGAGAUCUAGUUCAAGAAGCUGGACAGAAAUCUUUGGAUUUUAUAUCUUCGUGGUUUCAACAUUCAGCAGCGAGGGGUCUGUUUGUAACCCCCACGUAGAGACAGGCACAGGACCGGGUAUUGAUAAGACCUGAUAUCUUGAGUAUGGGGUUCACUUUCGCUUGCUGAGGAAUUAAUCGGGGUAUUCGUGGCAGUCGUAAGGAAAAGGAUUGCCAGCAUCUCGUUGUACUCACAAAGAAAAGUUAACUGCUCAGAACUUUAUAUUUUUUACUGUUCAUUACGCAAUUAUAUUAAAAAGAGGACAGUUACAGCGAAGAAGUCAGAUAUUACAACAAGGUUAAACAACGCGUGUUUGUUUGUUUGUUUGUUUGUGUUACAAGACUAAUAGCCUGCUGUAAUACUAGAAAUGACAGAAGGGAACCUCAAUUACUGCCACAACAGCACGUCAGUGUCGGGGGGGUACAGUCCGGUCACCAGCGCUGCGAUGUUCACGGCUGGGGUGGUGGGCAAUGUGAUCGCCCUCUGCCUUCUGCGAAUCCCACAGAGGAAGAGGAAACACAAACACCGGGUGUACCUGUUCCACAUCCUGGUGACCUGCCUGGUGCUGAUGGACCUCCUCGGGACCUGCCUCAUCAGCCCGGUGGUGCUGGCCUCUUACAGCCUCAACCAGACCCUCGUUAACCAAGACCUAGAAUGCGGGGCGCUGUGUAAAUAUUUCGCUUUCACCAUGACGUUUUUCACCCUGUCCACCAUGCUCAUGCUGUUCGCCAUGGCCGUGGAACGGUUACUUUCCAUUGGGUGCCCUUACUUUUACCAGAGACACAUCACCAAGCGCUUCGGAUACAUAACCAUCCCGGUCACAUACGCGACCUGCCUGCUCUUCUGCUUGCUAGCCAUCAUGGGUUUCGGAGAGUACGUGCAGUACUGCCCAGGGACCUGGAGUUUCAUCGACAUGAACGCCCACACCCGGACCAACAAGGUCUAUUCGUUCGUCUUCGGCAACGUCAUGCUCGUAAUCAUCUUCUCCAUCCUCCUGUGUAACGUCUUGGUCAUGGUUAAUCUAAUAUUCAUGCACAGAAGACACAAGCGCCGCCGCGGUUCCGCUAUCCCCCGGGGCAGGACAGACAGGGGCGCCGCGGUCUCCCUCACCGAAGAAGUGCAACAUGUGAUCCUGCUGGCCUUCAUGACAGCCUGUUUCAUGAUUUGUUCGUUGCCCUUCACUAUACAAGCGUACAUCCACCACUUUUACCCAGCCGAGAAUCAUGAAAUGGACCUGAGGGCACUCCGGUUUCUGUCCUUUAACUCCAUCAUUAACCCCUGGGUGUUCAUCAUUCUCAGCCCUUCGACCUGGCGGGUCUUCAUCAACAUGCUCCGCAGGUCCCCGACCUCCAGAAAACAGGAAGGGGUGCAGGCCUCGGUCAUCCUGCAGAGCAAGAAACAAAACCAGCUGGAACUGAGCAGCAAGACGCCUUGGAAGGGGGCCUCUGCCCCAGACAACCAGAACCCAGCUGUUUAAGUUUCAGGGUUAUUCUUGUCUUGUUUAUAAAGUUGCUACUACACUUGUAUAUGGUUAUUGACAGGCCAGUGCUGUUCAGGUAAACUCAGGGAUAAACACCAGCAGUCGGCAAUGGCAUCAGGCACGCACAGUAUACUGUAUUCCGAGGGACCAAAGCCAGAUCUAUCAAACCUACAGGCUCUAACAGCAGGAAUGUAGACAAAGCAAAAAUUGCUAGUUUACGUUACAGAGAUAACUCAAGAAUGCCGAAGCAUUCCCUUGGAUUCCUUAGGCUUCGUAACUCAAGAAGUGUUUCUAUUCUACAGAAGAAAAUCAUGCUCAUGGAGCAAAGGGCUUUGGGAAUGUCCAUCAUCUGGACAUAUGGGGGGGGGGGUGUAUAAAGAAGUCACAGACAAAAAAAAGUCUUUCCUUCCAAGCAAAGUGAACCAAAUUCCCCCCCUUCCUGCCUGGCCAGAGUUACAUAACAAACUUGGGGAGCAUCCCAACAUCUCGGAGGCCAGUAUGCAUCCUCACUAUGAGCCAAUCAGCUAAUGAGGACUGAAGAGCAGCGUCUGAGAUUGCAUUGGUUCACAGCACGAGCCCCCCUUCCAGUGAGAAGGGAUGGAAGUAUCACUCCAGCUCCUCACUGCAACAGGGAAAUGCCAGCGUAAUCUAUGUCUUAUUAUGACGACCUAAAUAGCUGCGUUUUUCAAUAACUUUUUAGCUGAUGGAAUGGGUCCUUGCAAGUAUAGGUUACCUUUUAUUGAAGUAUGGAUCGAUAAUUCUAGAAUGAUUAGGAUAGAAUUGGAAAUGGAUGCCACUUGUUCCUGACAGGACUUGAAUAAGAACAAGGUGCACAGACUGUUCCACUGUGACCCAUAGAUGUACUACUGGAGAUCAGAUAGGGGCACCAGCAUAGCUGAGACACAGAGACCUCUUUCACACAAUGAGCAUCCCUGGCAUCUCUAUCAGUUCACAGCGGUCUUGACGACAUGUACAUGGAGAACUAUUAGGAGCAGUAUCCAAAGCAAGGAGAUAUAACACACUGAUUCUGCUGAUUAUCACUGAGGUGGAAGAAAGAAAAGGGAGGCGUUUUACUACAGCCUGCGUCACAGAGGAACUGAAUUCCCCGCCACCCCUACAAACACGAAACGCUUCUCCUCAGACCACUGGAAUGGAAAAGCAAGGAGAUAUAACACACUGAUUCUGCUGAUUAUCACUGAGGUGGAAGAAAGAAAAGGGAGGCGUUUUACUACAGCCUGCGUCACAGAGGAACUGAAUUCCCCGCCACCCCUACAAACACGAAACGCUUCUCCUCAGACCACUGGAAUGGAAAAGCAAGGAACAUUUUUUUUCCAUAAACAUUACUCUGCCAGGUUCUGUUUAUUUGGUGUACAGGGGAAAAAAAAACAGCACUGAGUAGGAAGAUGAGCCCUCGGAAAGAGAUGGGCCCCCUGCCGCUCAGAGCAGCGAUGUCUCUUGUUGAUUGAAUGAGAUAGACUGGUGGAUUACAGGGAUGGCGAUAAGACUCUCAUUGCGUAGUAGUUUGAUCGUUCCUGGUUUUAUGAGUUUAAUAAGACACACCUGAGUUGUUACCUAUACACUGUGGCUAAUCAAGCUCAUAGUAAAACCUGGAAUGGGUGACACUGCUAUGCAAUAGGAGUCUGGUUUCCAUCCCUGAGUUAGUAUUGCGGCUGACCAAUACUAGUACAUUAGUACAUAUACUGCAAGUGUAACCUUCAGUGCCAGUGCAAAACCUGUCCUGUACAGUGUUAUUUCUGCCUAAUGCUGCACACCAAACACUGCAAGCAUUUCUUGUAAUAAUUGAUUGUAUCCCGGCUUCUUGUUUUAAGAGGUUAGUUGCCCAGGUUGGGGAGCGUGGGUGUCAGUGUAUCUCAAUGGGAGAGCUGUUGCAUGCCGCUGACCUACAGCAGCAAAAAGGGUUCAAAUGAGGUCGAACCCUAAAUAAAGCCUUUUUUUUUCA